AAGUGCCAAAGUUUUUGAAACAAAUUAAAACUUAUUUUGUUUCAUUUUUUUUUUGAGAAAUUAAUGAAAGCAUAUAAAAGUCCCCAGAUUAAGGCUAAUUGUAUUCAAUACACUUCUGCAGUUCUUAGAAAGAAUAUCUAUUUUCUAAAAAUACAAAAAAAAUCUUAAAAACAAAAUGAAACUUUUCGUACUAGUGGGAAUAGUCAUUAUGAUGGCCGUGGUCGUAAUGGCCCAACCUGUGGAUGAAACUCAAGCUGGAGCUACGUUGGGCUUAGUGGAUGUGGCCGAUGCAGGCAUUGAGCAUGCCAAUGAAGCUGCUCGCAGUGUACGUGGCUUUGGUGGUUUUGGCGGCUUUGGACGUGGAGGCUAUGGUGGUUAUGGAGGCUUCGGAGGCUUCGGACGAGGAGGCUAUGGCGGAUAUGGUGGAUAUGGCAAAUAGAGUUAUUCCAUUACCAUCCUUUCCCUUCAAGUGUAAAAUUUGUGAGAAAAAGGCAAAAUAAAAUUAAA